AUGUCACGAGAAGAGCUCAUUGUUCUGCGAAAGACUCUCACUGAGCUACUCGACAAGGGUUUCAUUCGAGCAAGUAGUUCUCCAGCGUCAGCACCAGUUUUGUUCAAAGACCGAUAUCCCUUGCCGUUGAUCGAGGAAACUUUGCGGUCGCUGUCCAAGGCCAAGUGGCUCACCAAACUUGACGUUAUCGCAGCAUUUCACAAGAUUCGCGUCGAGGAGGGAGACGAGUGGAAGACAGCAUUCAGAACACGUUACGGACUCUACGAAUGGCUUGUCACGCCAUUCGGGUUGACGGGUGCUCCCGCAACGUUUCAGCGUUACAUAAACCACACGUUGCGAGAUUUCCUCGACGAGUUCUGUUCCGCUUACAUUGACGACAUCUUGAUCUACUCGAGCGGUUCGCUCGCAGAUCAUCGCAACAAAGUCAGGCAGGUCCUUGCUCGACUGCGAGAUGCAGGCCUGCAGAUUGAUAUCGACAAGUGUGACUUUGAGGCAAAGAGUGUCAAGUACCUGGGCUUCAUCGUCGAAGCCGGAAAGAAGGAUGCGGUGUUUGCGUGGUCGAAGGAGUGCGACAAGGCCUUCGAGGAGUUGAAGGCUCUUCUGACCAGUGCGCCGGUCCUUGCGCAAUGGGAUCCGGAUAGAGAGACGAUUGUGGAGACGGAUUCAUCCGAAAACGCACCGGCGGAGUGCAACUACCCAAUCCACGAUAAAGAGCUGCUGGCGAUCAUUCGCUGCCUUGAGCAUUGGGACGCCGAAUUGAGGAGUGUGAAGUCCUUUACCGUUUUGACGGAUCAUCUCAACCUCCGUUACUUCACCAAGAAGCACUUCACCAUCAAGCAUCGACCGGGCAAAGAAGCCGUCGUACCGGACACGCUGUCUCGACGAGAACAGGACAUGCCGCACAGCGCCGAAGAUGAUCGGUUGCAAGGACGACGUGUUCAGCUGCUGCAACGUAACAAGGGUGGCCUGGUGACAAAAGUCAAGAGCGGUUAUGUCACCAAGGGCGACACGGAUCAACCCGAUGACGCAACAACUGACCAAGACGACUCAAUCGAAAACCCUUUCUCGGACCCGGAACUGCAGAAGUUAUGGGACGAAGGUGUCAAGAAGCACAAUCGUUAUUGGCUCAUCCGAAAGGCCGUACAGCAAGGCGAGAGGCGUCUGCCGUCGCAUUGGGGACUGCCCGUGAUGCUCUCGGAAUGCUCGAUUGACGAUGGACAGCGGCUCUGCUGGCGAGAGCGAAUUUGGGUGCCGAACCACGAACCCCUGCGACACCCCGGACGGGACAUGCUGAAGUCCUUGUUGAGCCGCAAGUUUUAUUGGCCAGGCCUCGAUUCAGACCCGCUACCUAUUCCAGACAGGAUCUGGUCGGAGCUGUCAAUUGACUUUGUGACAGACCUGCCACCAACCAAGUCGAACGGUUCGACCAACCUUAUGGUCGUGACGGACAGACUGUCCAAAAGUGUCGUUCUUGAGUCAUUGAAGGACAUCACGGCCGAGACGACGGCCAGAGCAUUGCUACGGAACGUGGUGCAACACCAUGGCGUGCCGCGCGCGAUCGAUAACUGGGAAGAGCUGUUGCCAGCGGCCAUGAUGGCCAUCAACAAUCACAACUCGACGUCGACAGGCCUGAGCCCGUUCUUUAUCACGCAUGGGUAUCAUGUUGACCCGAUACAAGUCAAGGAGAAGUUACGGACGGACGGAAGGUCCCCAGUGACCAGGGCUGAAAGCAUUGUGCAACGAUUUCGAGAGGCAACGGAAUGGGCCCAGGCGGUAUGGCUGCGACUUCGCAACAUCCGAUCCAAUCGGCCAUCCAAGAAGCUCGAUUGGCUGUCGGCCAAGUACACCGUCCUGGAGACCAUUGGGUCACACGCGUGCAGGCUGGACACGCCUCCGGAAUACACAACGUGUUCCACGUGUCGCUCUUACGCUUAG